AUGGGUCGCGGUGAGCUUGAAGAAAUAUGUGAUCGGUAUCUCAGUCGCAGAGAGGAACAACAAAAAGUGACAGAGGCGGUGGAAAGAUGCUUAAGGAAAGGAUACGAUUACGAUAAAAUGAAGGACCGUGUGUUAGAAGCUAUAGCAGACUCUCAUCGAGCGCACAAGGUUAUCUCAGCAAUAUGUAUAGCAUAUCCACAAUUCCGCAAAAGAACUAAGUUUGAAGAGAACAAGGAUGAUUCGAAAAGGCGUAAAAAGGAGCACAGUCAUAGAGACAGAUCCAGAGAAAGGAGUAGAGCCAAGGAUAAGGAAAAAGAAAAAGAAAGUGAAAGGGAACGUCGGCGACGGGAUGAAGUGAACAAGAAGGAGCUAGAAAAGGAGAAAGAGAAAGAGAAAUUGAAAAAUCUGGCUAAGGAGUUGUACCAAAAGAAGUUGGAGGAAGAGGAAGCCAAGCGAAAU